GCCUCCAGAGCUGGAGCUGAAGAACGCUAAAGGACUUUCCUUCGACAAACAAGAGAAGCUCAAUGUGGAGCUCAAUAAACUGGCCAGAGAGCGGUGCGGAGAGGUGAUGAUCUACGAGCUGGCGGAUUUUGUUCAGGGGUUUCUGACCGAACACAAUGUUCCUCCAUCCAGCUCUUUCCACGAGGAGAUGCUGAAGAACCAGCGGCGUCAGCAGGAGCGUCUGGCUCUGGAGGAGCAGGAGAAGAUUGAUCAGCGCCGCAGACUGGAGGAACAGAUGCAAAAUGAGAUCCUUGCAGAAAUUCAGAGGAGAGAAGAUGAGAGGAAAGAAGAAAAGAGAAAGAAAGAGAUGGCCAAACUGGAGCGUCAGGAGAGCUCGGUCUCGGUUCCUCCUCCUCCUCCAGAAAGACAGACGUCAGUCUCCUCAGGGUCUCCAGUGGAUUCGUCUGAAGUGAAGAAAACUCUGGUGAACAGACGCAGAACCACAUCCAGCAGCAGACACAGACGGGACACGUAUAAUGAGGAUAACGCGCGUCAACAGGAAGUCCUUCACUUCAGCAACAGUUCUCUGGGAGAGGUGGUCGUGCAGCGAGGAAAGUGCAUCGGUGAGAGCGAGCGACUGGGCCGCAGUGUUUACUACGCCUUUAACUCCAUAUCUGGAGAUUUCGCAGUGGUCUACGAGUGGAUCCUGAGAUGGAACAAAACCAUCGGGAAGUUCUUCACCAGCCAGGAGAAGGAGAAGAUCGAGAAAUGCAAAAAACAGAUUCAGGGAGUGGAGAGCGAGCUGAACUCUCUGCUGAAGCUCCAGCAUCCUCAUCUGGUGCAUUAUCAGGCCAUGAGCAUCAGUGAGAGCGAGGACAGCCUGACGGUGCAUCUGCUGGCUGAACACGUGUCCGGCUGCAGUCUGGCUGAGCGGGUGUCCAGCGGGUGUGCGGUGCCGGUGGAUGAGCUGCGGCGACACACACAACAGCUGCUCAGCGCUCUACAUUACCUGCACACUAACUCAGUGGUGCACAAGCAUCUGAGCGCCUCCUGUGUGCUGCUGGACGCUCGCGGGGACGUGCGGCUCUCCGACUACAGCCUGUGCAAGCGUCUGUCAGACGUGUGUAAGGAGGACAUCUUUGAGCAGAGUCACGUGCGCUUCAGCGAGGACGCUCUGCCGGCGCGGGCGGGUAAGAAAGGGGACGUGUGGAGCUUCGGGUUGCUGCUGCUGGCGCUCGCCGUCGGCCGAGAGGUCAAGGAGUAUCCGCUGACGGUUCCCGACACGCUGCCUGCAGACCUCAGAGACUUCCUUAACAGGUGUGUGUGUCUGGAUGACGCUGACCGCUGGCACACUCAUCAGCUGCUGGAUCAUCCGUUCCUCAGGCCUCCGUCACCCAAGAGUCUGCCACCCUGCCAGGAGUCCAGUCCAGAGGACACCGGUGUAGAUUUUGCCUCCACCGUGGUGCCGCGCAGCCUGCUCCUCAGCGCCCCCUUCAGUACAGAGGUGCAGAAACAGUUUUCCAGAUACUAUAAUGAGUUCUCGGAGCUGCAGCUGCUGGGAAAAGGAGCCUUCGGGGCUGUUAUUAAGGUGCAGAAUAAACUAGACGGCUGUUAUUACGCGGUGAAGCGGAUCCAGGUGAACCCGGCCAGCAAACAGUUUCGCAGAAUUAAAGGUGAAGUGACUCUGCUGUCGCGGCUCAACCAUGAGAACAUCGUGCGCUAUUAUAACGCCUGGAUCGAGCGGCAGGAGAUGUCUUCUGGAGCAGAGCUGACCAGCGACAGUUCUGAGGCCCUGAGCACACCUGAGCGUCCUUCCCGACCUGCCGCUCCCUCCCGCAGAAAUGAAGAUCUGAGUCUGCUGGGACGCCUAGAGGAGGAGGCUCCGCCGCCGGCUCUGGCCAGCUCUGUGGAGUGGAGCACGUCUCUGGAGAGAUCCAGCAGUGCUAAAUGCAGCACCGCAGACUCUGAAGAUGAAGAGGAGGAGGAGGAGGAGGAUGUCUUCUGUCCAUCAUUCCUGCCUCCUGACAGCGACUCUGAGAGCGACAUUAUUUUCGACAACGCUGACGCCAGCAGAGACAGUCUCCUCCAGCAAGAGCCCAGCAGUAGGAAAGCAGCAGAUCCAUUAGACAGCACAGACUCAGAGAAACCGCUGCUCAUCGCUCAUUACCUGUACAUUCAGAUGGAAUACUGUGAGAAAAGCACUUUAAGAGACACCAUUGAUCAGGGUCUGUUUGAGGACAGCAGUCGCCUCUGGAGACUCUUCAGGGAGAUCCUGGACGGACUCUCAUACAUACAUGAACAGGGGAUGAUCCACAGAGACCUGAAGCCUGUCAACAUCUUCCUGGACUCUCAGGAUCAUGUGAAGAUCGGAGACUUCGGCCUGGCCACCGAUCAUCCAGCUAAUGUGGCUGCAGGUAAGCUGGAAGUGGACGAAAGCAGCUCAGGAUUCGUCCCAAAACCAGAUCCCACAGAUAACAUGACCGGUAUGGUGGGAACGGCUCUUUAUGUCGGUCCAGAAGUUCAAGGAAACACUAAAGCCACAUAUAACCAGAAAGUGGAUCUGUUCAGUCUGGGCAUCAUCUUGUUCGAGAUGUCCUACAGGCCCAUGAGCACCGCAUCAGAGCGCAUAUUUGUGCUUAGUCAACUCAGGAAAGAGUCCAUUACUUUCCCUGAAGAUUUCUGCAAGUAUGAGAGUGGAACGCAGAGGAAGGUGAUUGGCUGGCUGCUGAACCAUGACCCAGCGCUGCGUCCGACGGCGGUGGAGCUGCUGAAGAGUGAUCUGCUCCCGCCUCCGCAGAUGGAGGAGUCAGAGCUGCACGAGGUGCUCCAGCACACCAUGGCGAACGUCAACGGGAAAGCCUACCGGACCAUGGUGAACCAGCUGUUCUCCCAGAACAUCUCGCCCGUCACCGACUACACAUACGACACAGACAUACACAAGGGCAGUUUUCACCUGGCCUCUGCUAAACUGCAGCAGUACGUGUAUGAAACCGUCACCAGGAUCUUCAGACGACACGGUGCAGUGCGUCUGCAGACACCGUUGCUCUUGCCCAGGAACAGGCGUCUGUAUGAAGGCUGUGAGACGGCGUGUUUCAUGGAUCACAGUGGCAUGCUGGUCUCUCUGCCGUAUGACCUCAGGCUGGCGUUUGCUAGAUUUGUGGCCAGAAACAACAUCUCACAUCUCAAAAGGUACAGCAUUGAGCGUGUGUUCCGGCCUCGUAAGCUGGACCGUGUUCACCCUCGUGAGCUGCUGGAGUGUGCGUUCGACAUUAUCAUCCCCAUCAGCAGCUCUCUGAUGCCGGACGCCGAGGCCAUUUACACCGUCAGUGAGGUCAUCCAGGAGUUCAGCGCACUGCAGGACAGAAACUACACCAUUCACCUGAACCACACCAGUCUGCUGAAGGCCAUCCUGCUGCACAGCGUAGUCCCAGAGGACAAGCUCACACACGCAUCCAAUAUACUGUGUGACGCCAUGAGUGAGAAACUGACCAAGCGAGAAGUGGAAGCCAAGUUCUGUAACCUGUCCCUGUCCAACAACAGCAUGCAGACGCUGUAUAAGUUCAUCGAGCAGAAGGGUGGUCUGCAGGAGCUGCUGCCGCUCAUCAACUCUCUGACCAAACAGAAGAGCUCGGCUGUUUCUCAGAUGGCCAAACAGGGCCUGAAGGAUCUGGAGGAGCUGCUCAGCCUGCUGAAGAAGCUGACCCUGAAGCUGCAGGUGGUGGUGAAUCUGGGUUUGGUCUAUAAGGUCCAGCAUCACUGCGGCGUCAUCUUCCAGUUUGUGGCAUUCAUCAGGAGACGGAAACGAACCGUUCCUGAUAUCCUGGCGGCCGGAGGACGCUACGAUCACCUGAUCCAUGAGUUGCGUGGGCCGACAGUGUCUGGUGUGGUGCCGUCAGCAGUGGGCGCCAGCUUGGCUCUGGAUAAGAUCUGCUCUGCUGUGUCCAGCAUGGAGGAGCCGUCACAGGAAGCUCUUCUUGAGCACUGCAGGCAGGCUGGGAUCACAUUCAUGGUUCUGGUGUCUGAUAAAGAAGGAAAUUACCUCAAGGUGAAGUCUUUUGAGAAGGACCGUCAGUCAGAGAAAAGAAUUCCCGAGUCGGAUCUGGUGGAUCACUUCAUCCAGAAGAGCCGGACCAAACUCUCUGAGGAGAGAAACAGAGAGAUAUCUGAGAGCGCGUCUCUACAGAACCCAAAGGGAUCAGUACUGGGAAACUCAGGUGUGUGUGAUUCACACUGCAGCAGCGGCCUUAUGUCCAUGAAUGUGAACCUGGUGACUCCAGAGAAGAUCUCAGCCAGUUCCAGGCGGAGAUACGAGACACAGAUCCAGACACGACUGCAGAAUCUGAGCAACAGCUUGCAGAACAGGAGCAGCGACAUCGAAGUGCUGGCCGUCGAUCUGCCCAAGGAAACACUCAUCAACUUCCUGUCCCUGGAGUUUGACGGCGAGGAGCAGUUCAACAUCAGUGUGAAGACGCUUCUGUCUCGACUGCCCAAACAGAGAUACCUCAAACUGAUCUGUGAACAGCUCCAGCACUUCAAGAUAUACAAGAGGUGAGCAGACUACAACAAUACAGCGGUAAAAGCAUCUCCAGAUUAGAGUCAUCAUAAUGGCAGACUCGGCCAUUAUAAGAGGAACAAAAAAA